AUGACUAACAGUUACGUCUUGGCAAUGGAUUGGGGUGUUGCCUACAAGGUGUCAAGGAAGGAAGACGAAGAAGUGGCAUUAACGUAUCUAGAAGUGAGGGAGAAACAGUACGACAAGAAGGCAUAUGUUGAUUUCUUCACAGAACCAACAGCUUCACCGGCUGUUACUGGAGUAAUGCUAUAUAUAGCAUCUCCAGACAAGGCCAACGAAAACUACUUGGGGCCUGCAUCAAUUGAGCAGAUUGCCAAGCAAAUUGUUAGUGCAGAAGGACCAUCAGGACCCAACAGAGACUACCUUUUCAACCUUGAGAAGACACUGCUGCAUAUGGGUUGCAAGGAUGAACACGUUUUCAAGAUUGCAGAAGCAGCAAGGAAACUUAUUUCGGACUCAUAAACUGCAUAAUCAUUCUUCACAUCAUAUCAUUCUAAAAGAAUUUCAUUUCAUUUUAGGAAUGAUGGAUGUUGAUUGCAAACUCCCUGUGUCUCUAAUGAAUACAUUUUGGGUCAUUUUACUUCUAUUUAUUAGAUGGAGUUAAGUAUUGGAUAUCAUAUGUUAUAAUUAUCAACAAAGCCGGAUUUAAACAAAUCAUCGGAUCUGAUAAAUUCAUCGUCA